AUGAAAGGGACCGCGCAGCGCGACAAGAUCGCGUCUGAGUUAGGUCAAGGACUCGGACCGGAAUAUAUUUCAUGGAGAAGAGGUAGCGGUGCUCAACAAGCGUACAUUGAGGGUCACACGGUGAUAAAUCUUGCGAACGAGAUUUUGGGGUUCGACGGUUGGAGCAGUGAGAUCCGCAACACGGCAGUUGAGUACGAAAAGGCGUCCAGCGAUGGCCGCUGGCAGAUCGGUGUGCGCUGCGUCAUGAGAAUUACUCUAAAAGCAACCGGUGUCUACCGCGAGGAUAUCGGGUUUGGCCAGGCUAUCAACAUGCCUAGCAAACUCCAGGCUCUAGAGAAGGCCCACAAGGAGGCCGCCACAGAUGCUACUAAACGGGCGUUCCGUCAAUUUGGCAACGCAUUGGGUAACUGUAUUUAUGAUCGCACACACACAAAUGCUAUCACGUCUGUCAAUGUCCCAAAACGCGAGUUUGAUCCGACAUGUUUACGGCGUCCUGCUCCAGCGGCUCCUCCUCCCCCCUCCAAACGGGUGGCUGUUGCAUACAAGCAAGAGAUGCCGAACGAGAUGAAUAAACUCCCUAGAGGUGAUGCUAGUUUGUCCACACCCACGCCGAUCCCCAAACCUGUGCUGGCAAGCGAAAAUGACGAUGACGAUGAGCUUGAUUUCACUCACCUACAGCCUGCCGCCAAACAAACUGAAACUGACGCGGUGCCCGACAACCAAUCAGAUGAUGCUGUUUUUGUUUCCGCAAACAAUGCUGAAGCCUACAAUUCCCCCAAACUUCCUAUCAAGACACACUUUGAUCCGGACUAUCGCAGCCCAAGCAUCAAAACUACAAUUCCUCAGAACUUCUCCUCAAAGGUAUUUCGACGAGACUGA